AUGGGUUGUAAACACUCUGGACAGGGCCAGUGGGCUGACAAUGGGGUCAAAGGGCAUGACCUGUCCCAGCUCAGCCGCCGAGAGGCGUUGCAUUUCAUGGGGGACAGCUAUGAGCAGCCAAUCACGAUGCAGAUUGAGGGACGACACAGGAGAGGGAGAAGAGCUCAUCACUCCCAGUACCCAAUGUCAGACUGCGGUAUCCAGAUGGAGAGGCCAUCCUGGGAGGCUCUGAGGGCCCUAGGGGUGGUGGAGGGGGCUGGACCCAGCCUUGGUGCCUACGCUCCUGGACCUUACUACGAUGACAGGCCCCUCCCACCAGAAAUGUACGCAGCCAAUGAAUACCUCUCCAGUGUUGCCUACAAUCUGGAGGACCUUAACAGGAUAGAGUAUGUUGACGAUCCAGAGCGCUGUCUGAUUGGUUGCUGUAACACUGAUAAUGAUGAGCCUAGCAGCUUCCUGAGCCAGAGUGAGUAUGAGGGCCACUGGCUGGACAGGCCUAUGGGCUACCUGCCCCUGCACGAGCUUGACAGCGGUCUGGGCUGCACCGACGGCAGCCUCCACCAGGGGGACCCGUCUGACCCAGAGACAGAGGAGGGGGUAGAGGCCCCUAUGUCCCCCCCACCAGGACACACCAGCCGGGGCAGCUCUCCCUCCUCUGAGUCCCUCCUCUCCUCAGAGGUCAGUGACUCUGGCUUCCACAGCGUCAGCACACGGGAGUUCCGCCACUUCCAGAAGAUUAUAGAUGGGAGGAUCCACAACUACCGGAGCCGCGUGGUUCCACGGGAGAAGAGAUCAAAGUCUCGCUGGGACCUGGAGUCCAUCCCUGAGACCCUGACCUGUGACCUCCAGACAGGCAGGGCUCCAGAUGGAGCUCACACUUUCAUGAGCCACCAGUGCACCAUGGGUGGUAGCUCCAUUCAGGUCCGCGAAGCCAUGAGCCCCCAGCAGACCAGGCAUGGCACCAGGUCUGCUGCCUCCAGCUGCCGUACUGAACCCUGCCAGAGGAGAGCGCUGAUGCUGAACCAGCACUCCUCCGAGGACCUCCCAAGCCGCAGCCACACUGUGCAUGACUUAUCAGACAGGAGACGAGCCAGUCACCCUGCCCUGCCCUCUGGGAACAAUGCCAUAGAGAUAUAUAGACACAUAGACAGACAACUGCCCAGCAACCCAAACCACCUAGCCGUACCCACUGAGAACUCUGGCACAGGACAAUACAACAGGGGGUUCAACACAGACAUCAUUGAGAAGAGGAAGCAUCAGAGCAGCCAUGUGGAAGGCCCCUGGCAAGGCCUAUAUGUGGAGGACAACAGAGGCAGUAUAGCCAGUGAGGACUAUAACAGUCAGAAACAGUGUCUUUCCAAGAGUCCCUCAAGGAAACGGCCUGGGAAGCAGCUAGCAGACUGGCGUCAGUUUGCAACACUGGGACAUCCUCAAAUUGGUGGGGACUGGCCACAAGCAGACGGCCCCUGCGGCCCCCUCUACAGCACGCUGGACGGGCUCUCUGCCCGCUCCAAGAAGGGUCUCUCUGGGAACCCCCGGGCAGUGAGGAACCAGCUCCUGAAGGCCAGGGCCUCCCGGCUGGCUGACGAGCGCAGUGAGGUCACCACGGACGAGGAGGCCCGUGGGGAUGUCUGGGCAGGCCGCUACUGGAGUAGGACGGAGCGCCGGCGCCACCUGGCGUUGGCCCGGGAGCAAAGGCAGAGGAAGCUGAGCCGUGGUGGGCCUGACGGAGCAGCAGAGGACGGGGCUGGAGGAACAGGGGGUGCAGGGGGGCAAGGGGGUGCAGAGGGCCCUGGAGGAGGCUGCAGCACAGUGCUGGAGCUCAGCCACAGGAAGCAGAGCCGUCUGAGGAACCAUACACUGCUGGAUGACUGGACCACAGUAGAGGAGCUGCUGACCCACGGCACCCGCGUGGGGGAGGGGGACAAUAUCCUCUGUCACAGCCCACUGCUGUCGGUCACUACAGUAUAA